AUUGAGAUCAAGAUCCUAAGGUUGGCAGCGGCGCGCUGUUCUGGGCCCUGAAUGAUCAGCGCAAGCGAGGGGCGCACCGGCGGCCAGCCGGAGGCUAUGUAGCUUAGAUUCUAGGGAAUAUCAUGGGACUGUCAAAUCCCUGCCCACUGCGCAAGCUGAGAUUCCGAUGUCUAUCUUCUUUUCUUUUCAUUGGCUUAUGUUCAUCAUGUGGCCACCCGUGCAUGUUGGCCCCCAAAAGGCUGCGAUCCAUCGCAGCGGGGGCUGUGCACCAGCUGCACCCAACCCGAAGAUCAUCCAUAACGUUAUAGCGAACACCACUCCAGCGGCGUCGUUGUCGCAGUCAUUUCAACUUGUUUCUGAGCUUUGAGAAGAUCCAUAUGCCCAAGGUUUCAUUGCCACUCAAAGAAUGGAUCCCUUGUCGGCCAUCGGGCUCGCCAGCAACAUCAUCCAAUUCGUUAAUUUCGGAUGCGAAUUGAUAUCUGGAGCCCAAGAAGUAUGCAAAUCGAUUUCAGGACAGACAGCAGCCAACGUCGAUUUACAAGACAUCGCCAAAUGCCUCGCGAAAGCGAGCAACGAUCUCAUCGCGCCUCAGCCUGACCCCUCGUCGCAAAGCUCAGUGAACGAGAUUUGUAAGCUGGCGGCGUCCGCGAAGGUUAUCGCAGACGAGCUGCAAGAAACGAUCGCCAGAUUACAACUGGUACCAGGACCCAGACGGAGGUGGCGAAGCUUUCGCCAGGCUUUAACCACCAUAUGGCAGAGGGACAGGAUCGAAUCGCUAAGUGGCAGGCUAGAGAAAUUGCAGAGAUCUUUGUCUUUGCUUAUACUCAUACAUGUCAGCUUUGUUCAAACGAAACUUCUGGCCGAAGUUCAAAAUGUCAAGCAACAAGCUGAGGAUAUGAAGGUUGAUUACAGGUCUACUCUAGAACCUCUCCUCAUGUCUCUCAACGAUAAAGCGGUUCAUCGGCUCCAGAUAGUCCAGCAAGGCAAGCAAGGACUUUAUAAUGACGCGCACUACGACGAUGCGCAGAGUUCAUCGGAGUUGUCACCAGGGCAGCUCGAUCAACUUCGUCAACAUCUACAUGGCAUUCAAGAGGCUGUCUCGCGUGUACAGAGCGAGCACACUGUCUUGAAAAGCUUACUCUUCGACGACAUGUAUCAUCGUUUCUGGGCAAUUCCUGAAGCCCACGAUAACACCUUCGAUUGGAUACACCAGCCUUCGAAUUUUGAGGAAACCGACCCUAGGUCUCAAGUUCGUUUUGAGGAAUGGCUGCUACACGGUGACGGAAUCUACUGGAUCUCAGGUAAACCAGGAUCUGGUAAAUCGACACUCAUGAAACAUAUCAGUAACGAUCACCGGACGGCAGACUGCCUUCGAGUCUGGGGCAACGGCGAUGUAUCAAUGUCGGGUUUCUAUUUCUGGAUGGCUGGUACCGAGAUGCAACGUUCGCAGCAGGGUCUGCUGCAGCAACUUCUUUUCGAACUACUCAGCCGUGAUCCCACAUUGAUCCCAGAAGUCUGUCCGGAUCGAUUUGGUAUGGCUGAAGUUAAGACUAUGAUCUUCAACAAACCUUGGUAUCCAAGAGAGCUCAGAACAGCGUUGUGUAAACUCAAGCAUGUGCUCUCAAGGAAGACAUGUCUCUUCAUCGACGGCCUUGAUGAGUACGUCGGCGAUCAUGUUGAGCUUAUCGAAAUUAUUCGAGACCUUUCUGACACGAAGAAUAUCAAGUUGUGCGUAUCCAGUCGGCCAUGGCCCUACUUCGAAGAUGCUUUCGGAAAAGACAGUAACAUAGUUUACAAGCGAGCGCCGCGUACAAGCGAGCGCCGCACCCCACCAACUUUGCACACCUCUACAAUCGUACAUCUCAACAACGUAAUAAUAUAAUAUAUAGAUAUCUAUAUAGCAGAUUAAGCAGUAUCUUCAGUAUCCUUCUUGCAUGUACGUAAGUUGUGGCCAGUCUCCCUGCACCUCGUGCAGCGCGCUAGAGCCUAGCGGCUAAGUCCUAAUCGCGCACCUCCUUAACGCUCUUUACGAGAAAUCUGCUGCUCAACCUCGCGUUAAGCAAGUAUAUCUUCUCCCUCUCCCUUUGUUAAGGUCCCUUG